AUGCGUCCCGGAACCGUCCAACGGGUCCUCUGCACUUCCACGGCAAUCGGCAAGGGUGUCGGAAAGAUGCAGGAGUUUGCCGGAAGCGAGCGGUCAAGGGUUUCGGCUGAGGUGCUGGAGAGGUUGCGAGAGAAGCUGCGAGGUGUGCAGCAAACAAGGGUGCCCAAACGUGUGGAGGCGAGACACUGCGAUCCUUAUAUGGUUCGACGACUUCGCAUCCGGUCCUCGACCCGAACGUAUUCCGAGCGGACCGCUGCUGUACGAUAG